AUGGACUUCAGCAGUAUAUUGAAGCAAGAGAUAUUGAAGAAGCGGAGUGAAAUUUCUUUGAAGGAAAACCGUGCCAUAGAGCCUGAACAAGCAGAAGAACAAGAUCUUCCAAAAGAUGUGCAUGUAAAUGAAGCUUCCGUACCAGUUGCCGCUUCAUCUCAUCCAGUGAAGAAUGAUGAACUAGAGGAGGAUACCACAGAAAAGGAUCGAAUCGAUAUGGUGCGAGAUAUCAUUGAAAGAGAGUCUAAGUUACCAGUAAAUAUAACUAUAAGAGAAAUCAAGUCACUUGAAGAUACAAAGGACGUAGAUAAUUCCAACACACUCUCUAUGAAAUGUAACCUUUAUAUACAUCAACUAUUGAAAGAGUGGGAAACGUCGAACUACCAGGGAGAACUUCUGGAAGAAACCAAAAUGAGCCUGUUUCCCUUACUCAUCCAGCUACGGAAGCUCACUAUCGAAAGAGAGAUACUGAUAUCACUAAGUAGCAUAUUCUUCCAUCUACAGAAUGACAAGGGCAAGGUAGAGAACGCAUUAAAUCUAUAUUUGAAGUUAAGUAUCGGUAACGUCGCAUGGCCCAUUGGUGUCAGUAAUGUUGGUAUCCACUCAAGAAGCGCACAAUUCAAGAUUAGUAGGUUUGGUAAUACGGAUGUGGCAAAUAUAAUGAUCAACGAAACUGUAAGACUGUGGAUCACGAGCAUCAAGAGACUCAUCACGUUUAAAGAGUGGGAAUUUAAUGCCAGUAAAUGA